UUUAUUUAUUUAUCAACUUUUUUUCUCCUUUCUUCUGACUACAUGACUAGACGUAAAUGGUGAUUUUCCUUUCUCUAUUUACACCCUUCACUCUUCAGUGUUGAAGGUCUCAACGCAAAAACCCUCCAAAUUAAGAAAUUAACAACGAUGGCAGACCCAACAACUUUCAUAGCAACAUGGUUCACACCUUCUUCUAUUUUCAUCAUUGUAAACCUUGUCAUAGGUACCAUAGCUCUAGCUUCUCGCUUCAAUGGUCCACCCAAAAACGACCAAAUCCAACAACCUCAACUCAAUCGUUCACCUUCACUUCUCAACCGUAUCAGGUCCUUUAACCUCCGUCACUACAACCAAGAACCAUCAUUUGUUGCACAACCCGAGCCAGAGCUAGAGUCAGAGUCCGAGUCCGAGUUCACUCACCCUCAACUCGUUCGAAAACCUUCUUUGUUAGAGAGAGUUAUGUCCUUCAAUCUCAACAAACACGAACCACAAUAUCCACAGACACAUUACGUUCAACCCGAGUCUGAGUCUGACUCAACUAAGCCUCAACUCGUUAGAAAACCGUCUCUUUUACAACGAGUCAUGUCCUUCAAUCUCAACAAAAACGUACCAGCACAACCGGAAGCUGAAAACCCAUCUCUGAACCAGGUAAAGAGCAAGGUGGAGAUGAAGAAAUCAGCGAGCGAGAAAACGUUUGAACGGGGGGAAGAAGAUGAAGAAACGGUGGAGAGAAGAAGGCCAGCGACGGCAGCGGCGAGGAGUGAAACGACAACGUGUAAAGAAGAUGAAGCUGUUGAUGCAAAAGCUGAUGAUUUCAUAAACAGGUUUAAGAAGCAACUCCGGUUGCAGAGGCUUGAUUCUUUUAUGCGUUACAGAAACACAGCCAGAUGAGGAAUUUCUUGACAACAGAAACAAACUCUUUGAAAAAACACAGCCAUAUAAUAAUGUAUUUUGAGUUUGUGUGUUUUGGUAGUUUAGACUUUAGAGUAUUGUUAUUAUUGUUGCUGUUGUCACAAAAAAGAAAACCUGGAAAAAUUACUGCGUGUGUUUAUAUGUUUGAAUAAUCAUAUAGCUGCGUCAAGUCUUACCCAACCUUUUCUACGUGUCAUGAGGAUGAGAUUUUAUCUA